AUGAUCGUACCUUUGCUUGAGUUGCUGGGACCUAUCCCUCUUCUUGCAGUCUCAUCAACCUUGGUGUGGGCUUCAACAGUCAUUUACAGCCUGUACAUCCAUCCCCUGAGCAAGAUUCCUGGACCGAAACUAUGGGCUAUCAGCCGCAUUCCUUUUGCGCGAUCAUUUAUUGCGGGAACAGCCGUGCAGGACAUAGAAAAACUUCAUCGCAGAUACGGUCCUGUUGUCCGCACCCAGCCAAACGCGGUGAGCUUUGCUCAUCCAGAUGCUUGGCAAGACAUACAGGGAGCACGCUCCAGUAGCGGGGGAAAACCGUAUCUGAAAGACCCUACGUGGUGGAAAUCGAUGUCUUCUGCUUCUCGGUCUAUUGCGACGGCGAUUGAACAUGACACACAUGCUCGCAUUCGCAAGACCCUGACACCGGCUUUCACACUUCGUGCAUUGAAGCAGCAGGAGCCAUUGCUCCAGACAGGCGUAGCUCUCUUGAUACAGAGGCUUCAAGAGAGGGUUCUGAAAGCGGAUGGCACGGGCGACUCAUUCGAUAUCAUCCCGUGGUUCAACUUCACUGCUUUUGAUAUCUUUGGCGACAUUGCGUUCGGCGAGACAUUCGACUGCCUCCAAACAUCCAAUUAUCAUCCUUUCGUCGCUUUGAUCUGUGAAAGUAUCAAGUCACACUCAAUGGUCCUGGGUAUACGACUUUUCCCUAAGCUGGAAUAUGUAUUCAAGAAGUGGGUCUUCCCUCAUAUGAUGAAUGAGAACCAAAAGAAGUAUGGCACAGCGGUCAUCGAUAGGGUCAAUCGCCGCAUGCAAUGGGAGGUUGCUCGCCCAGACAUCAUGAGCUAUGUUAUUGCUGGGAACGAAAAGGGUGCAAUGACGCCCGGUGAAGUGCAGGCCACAUUCCAAACCUUGACGUUGGCAGGAAGUGAGACGACAGCUACCACUUUGUCAGGAGUCAUGACACAAUUGCUGACUCACCCUGAGGCAUACGGAAAACUAGUUGGUGAGGUAAGAGGGGAACUGAAGAAAGAAGGAGAUAUCACCUUGGACGCUCUCAAGAACCUACCGUACUUAAACGCUUGUUUGAACGAAGCUAUGCGACUAUGCACCGCGACACCAUUCACUCUCCCGCGAGUAGUUCCAAAGGACGGAGAUAUGGCUUGUGGAACAUGGAUUGCCGGUAAAACGAGUGUGUUCAUCCUUCCAUGGGCAGUAAAUCGCGACCCAAACUUGUGGCACGAUGCCAUAUCGUUCCACCCCGAACGAUGGCUUCCAGGUGCCAUGGACGGGAACUCUCCGUUUGUCAACGAUCGCCGCGAUGCGCUUCAUCCGUUCGGUGAAGGGCCAAGGAAAUGUAUCGGAAUGCAUCUAGCAUGGGCAGAAAUUCGACUGAUCUUAGCACGAAUGCUGUGGUCUUUUGACUUUGAGCUAGUCAAGAAGACAGUCGAAUGGGAGCAGCAGAGGGUUUACGUGUUGAUCGAGAGAGGUCCUUUGAUUGUCAAGUUGAAGGAACGAAGCGAUACAAAAUAA